UUUCGCUAAUAACAAAUAACAACACCAGUCCAGGCCGUCAAGGAAUAUAAAUACCAAAAGAAAGAAGAAGAAAAACUAACCUAAAAACUGGUGUUGUGGUUUCGUUUUGUUUGAUGGAAUGUAAAUUUGUAUUUUUAUGAACUAUUAUUGAAAAUGUCCAAACAAUAUGGUUUAAGUUUUCCUAAACAGAAUACUGGCCACCAAAUUGGCCAAGUUUCAUUAGCUAAACCUUCAGUUUUCGAUAAUAAUUCUGACAGUGAAGACCAACCAACUAAGCCCACAGGAAUCAGAGGCUCAAAAAAGCAGGAUAUUAUUAGCCAAGAGAAAGCUAUUGCAGAUGACCCCACUGUUUAUCAAUAUGACGAAGUAUAUGAUCAGAUUGAGAAGAAACGCAAUGAAUCGAAGCUUGCUCGAACAGAUUUAGAAAAGAAACCGAAAUAUAUUAGUAAAUUGUUAGCUGCAGCUGAAAAAAGGAAGAGAGAAAAUGAUCGGAGAAUUGAAAGGCAGGUUCAGAAGGAACGUGAAGAUGAAGGUGACAUGUUCAAGGAUAAAGAAUCAUUCAUAACACCAUCUUAUAAAAAGAAACUUGAAGAAAUGAAGCAACUGGAAGAAGAAGAAAAACGCGAGGAAUACUUAGAAAGUAUUGGAGAUGUGGUAAAACAGGGCAAUUUAGAUGGAUUUUACAGACAUUUGUAUGACCAAAAAAUAAAUUACCAAGACAAGGAAAAAACUGAGAAGAAUGACACAGAAAUUAAAAAAGAAGCAACAGAUGAUGUGGAAGAAGAAAUUAGAACUGAAGAUAAUAAAACUGUAGCAGUUAGUGAGGGAAAAUCCGAUAAAUUAAUAAGAAAGAGAAAAUAUCGAACAAAAAGAAAUUCAGAUGAUGAUAGUCCUAGUGAGGAAGAACCAGAAGUGAAAAAGGAGCAUUUGCCAUCAAACAUAGAUGCAGAUUCUGAUUUCAGUGUUGAUUCGUCAGACAGUGAUGAGGAAGACAAUAAAAAAGUUGCAGACAAUAAGAAACAGGUGGAAGAGCCAAUUAAACCAGAGAUAAAAGAUUGUAAGUUUGUAGAAAUACCAAUUAAACCUGAAGAACUUGUUAAGGAAGAAGUGGAGGUAAAAACUACUGUAAAAAAGGAGAAAAUUGACAUUUGGAAAAAGAGAACUGUUGGUGAAAAAUAUGAGGAAGCUGUAAAAAGAUAUUUUGAAAGAAAAGCUAUACGAGAAAUGGGACAGUAGGAUAUUCAAUUAAUUUUUAUUUAUUAUUAUUAAGUAUAUAUAAAAAUGAUUUUUAUUUGCAUACUCUUACUGCUUAUUAUAUCUUGAAGUUAUUCUUUGAUUGACAAACUGUUAAAACACUUUUCUUCUUGAGAAGAUUCUUCAAAGAAAAGAAAACUCAUUGUGUAUAACACAAAACGUUUUUACUACUAUAUAGUUGAAAAUACACAUUUAACUCGCUCAAACAUGUCUUUUUUGUAAUUUUUCAUUAUUUCUGAUAUAAUCAUUGGUGUAAUUACAUAGCUAUUACUUUUAAAUUCCUUUUUUUGGAAAGUAUUAAAAUACAAUGUCAACUAUAA